AUGAAACGCACCUAUGAUUCCAUGAGUUCUUCAAUUGAAAUAAGUUCCUAUCGUGAUCAGCAUUUUAAGGGUUCUAGAAACGAACAAGAAAAGUUACUAAAAGCGUCGUCGACGCUAUAUAUAGGCAAUUUAUCAUUUUAUACAACUGAAGAACAAAUUUACGAAUUAUUCUCAAAAUGUGGUGAUUUACGACGUGUCAUUAUGGGUUUAGACAAAUAUAAAAAGACACCUUGUGGUUUUUGUUUUGUUGAAUACUAUGCUAGACCAGAUUCUGAAAAUUGUAUGAGAUACAUAAAUGGAACUAGGCUAGAUGAUAGAAUUAUCAGAUGUGAUUGGGAUGCAGGCUUUAUUGAAGGUAGACAAUAUGGAAGAGGAAAAACUGGAGGACAGGUCCGUGAUGAGUAUCGUACAGAUUAUGAUGGUGGACGCGGUGGCUAUGGAAAGAUAAUUGCCCAGAAAGUAACUCCAAAUACAUUAGAACGUUGA